AUGAUCAAAAGUUUUGCCCAGGAUAUCGCCAAAAUUGAGGUCGGAAAGGACUGGCCGUAUAGCUUCGUCCGACGUAACAGCGAUGAGCUCGGCUGCACUUGGUUCGACGGUUUUGAUAUCGCAAGAAAGAGAGCAGACAAUGCUUCUAGAUACAGAGCCUACUAUGAGCUUAUUGGCGAGAAAAUCGAGAAAUACGACAUCCCGCCUUGCAACACGUAUAAUGUGGACGAAAAGGGCUUUCUCCUCGGCGUCAUCAAUCGUACCAAGAGAGUAUUCUCUGUUCGUGCCAAGAAGCAAGGAAAAUUGAUCGGUGCUGCGCAGGAUGGCAACAGAUCAUGGAUCACGUUCCUGGCAUGUGUCUGUCAAGACCUGACAGCGCUACCCCCGUUUCUCAUCUACCAAGGCAAGCCAGGGCAAGUUCAGGACUCCUGGCUCACGGAGUUUGAUCCGGAGCACCAAGCGGCGUUUUUCACAACCUCAGAAACGGGUUGGACGAACCAUGAACUUGGAAAGGAAUGGCUCAUUGGUGUUUUCGACCGGUUCACGAAAGAAAAGGCGCGAAACGGCCGGGAUUACCGCCUCCUGAUUACCGACGGACACUCUAGUCAUGUCAAUAUGGACUUCCUGGAGUGGUGUGACCAGCAUCGGAUAAUCGUUGCCGUGUUUCCGCCGCAUUCCACGCACAGGCUGCAGCCCUUGAUGUGUCCCUUUGGCCCUCUCGACCGCAUACACCAACCAGCUCAUCCAGUGGACUGCAAAGACACAGGGACUCAUCGGGCUAUCGAAACGCGAGUUCUGGUCGUUAUUUUGGAACGCAUUCGGGUCAUCUUUCUCGGCGGAGAACAUCGCAAGUGGUUGGAAACGGACCGACUCCUCCCAUUUGACCCUGAAGUCGUUUUUGUCGCAGAUCGCGGAGAAACAGAAGAUGAGUCUGAGUCUGGCGACAGCUCCGUUGACUCGCUCGCCCUGCAGCAGCCCACUGCUCGGGAUUUGCGCCGACUUGUCGACAAGGUAGUCGAUGGAUCCUCAAAAACGCUAGCCGAGACAGUCGGAAGCUCAAAGUACUCUCGAAAGUCUCCAAUCUCAGAACGAAUUGCUUGA